GUCUGCCACUGUGCCAAAUGGUGUGUUUGGAUUUUUCUUUUUAAUGAGACACUUACAUUGAAGAAUGUUUGUCAUUUGUUUUUGAGGCUGCUGGUUUGUUUGUUGUGGUCUGUGUUCCUUACACAUAUCAGACCAUCCUGUUUUACGCACGGAUCUCACUCAGAACCAGGAAAAAGAACAUUCUGAGCUGCUACUUGGGACUGUGAGUCUUUGCUCUUACUGCUUUUUGUAUAUAAUUUCUGUAAAAUGGCAGCGGCCAGUAUUUCAGUGGCUCAGGACCAGUUCAGCUGUCCAGUCUGCCUUGAACCACUGAAGGAUCCGGUGACCAUUCCCUGUGGACACAGUUUCUGUAUGGUGUGUAUUAAUGACUGCUGGAAUCAGGAGGAUCAGAAGGAAACCUACAGCUGCCCUCAGUGCAGACACUCCUUCACCCCGAGACCUGUUGUGGGUAAAAACGCCAUGCUGGCUGACAUAAUGGAGAAAAUGAAGAAGGCGAGACUCCUGGGUGCUCCUCCUGCUCACUGUUCUUCUGGACAUGAAGAUGUGGAGUGUGAUUUCUGCACUGGGAGAAAACGAAAAGCCUGCAGUUCCUGUCUGGUGUGUCUGGCCUCUUACUGUAAAACUCACCUGCAGCCUCACUAUGAAUCUCCUGCCUUUAAGAAGCACAAGCUGGUCAAAGCGUCCAGACGACUCCAGGAGCAGAUCUGCUCUCAGCAUGAGAAGCUCCUGGAGGUUUACUGUCGCACUGACAAGCAGUGUAUCUGCAUGCUUUGUAUGCUAGAUGACCAUAAGGGACACGAUACAGUGUCAACUGCAACAGAAAGAGCUGACAAACAGAAACUUUUGGUGGGGACUCAGAAAAAAUGCCAAGAAAGAAUCCAGGAGAGAGAGAAGGAGCUUCAGGAGCUGAGGAAGGCUGUAGAGUCUCACAAGCACUCUGCUCAGGCCGCAGUGCAGGACAGUGAGAGGAUCUUCACUGAGCUGAUCAGCUCCAUUGAGAGGAAACGCUCUGAGGUGACAGAGAUGAUCAGAGCUCAGGUGAAAGCUGCAGUGAUUCGAGCUGAAGAAAUCCUGAGGCAACUGGAGCAGGAGAUCGCUGAGCUGAGGAGGAGAGACGCUGAGCUGGAGCAGCUUUCACACUCAGAAGAUCACAUCCAUUUCCUCCAGAGUUUCCAGUCUCUCUCCGAGCACCCUGGACCUUCAGACUCAUCCCCCAUCACUGUCACUCCUCUUCUCUCUUUUGAGGAGGUCACAAAGUCUGUGUCUCAGCUGAGGGACAGAGUGGAAGAACUUUGUCACCGAGAGUUCAGAAAGACAUCCAAUACAGUGAAAGAAAUCCAGAUCAUUCCUCUUCCUGAACCCCAAAGCAGAGAAGAGUUUCUACAAUACUCCUGUGAGCUCACACUGGAUCCCAAAACAGUAAAUAAUUACCUCUGUCUGUCUGAGGGGAACACUGUGGUGACCUGCAGUGAAAAAGCACAGACAUAUCCUGACCAUCCAGACAGAUUCGACCACUACCUCCAAGUGCUGAGCAGAGAGAGCGCGAGUGGACGCUGCUACUGGGAGGUUGAGUGGAGCGGGGCUACAGGUGUUUCUGUAGCUGUGGCGUAUAAAACCAUUCGCAGGAAGGGAAAAGGUGACGAGUGCUUGUUUGGACGAAAUGACCACUCCUGGAGAUUGUUCUGCACUCCGUCCAGUUUCUCAUUCCGACACAGCAAAAAAGAAACAGAAAUCUGGGGUGAGUUUGACACCUGUGGUAUGAACUUCCACUCAGUUGUAGUGGAGGAGGUGGGGUUGGCCGGAAUACGGCGUCGCUCAGAUAAACCGUUACCGGGAGGUUCGCUUUCUGAACAAACCGGUGUGAUUCGACUCACGGACGCUGCCGUUACCGUCCUCCCCUCACCGCGGAGCCCCGUCUGCUCUGCUCUGUAA